AUAGAACAAAGAGGAAAAACCAUUUCAAAUUAAACUCUUGCACUAUACAAAUUAAACUCUUGCGUAAUCUCACUCUACUUUUCCUAUCCUUCUACUCUCCAAUUGGACUUGAUUUCAACAACACUCAACUUGAUCCUCUAUAAUAUACAUCACUCCACCACUUUCAUAAAAAUAUCCAUGACAUAUCUAUCUCUUCUAAAAACUUCUUGCUACAUAUAAACCUCUUGCUGCCCACUUAGAAGCACAUUAACCAAAUUUACUCACCUAAACUUUCAUCAGUCUUUUAUCAAUCAUAUUAAAGUACACCUUUGUUAAAAUCUUGCAUGAUGAGAUCCUUGAAGACAUCCCGUUUUACUAGCUCAUCACGAUGCUUUUUUCAACAGUUUUUUGUUUCAUGUGUUUCCAUCUUACUCAUAGUGGUCAGCACUGGUGGCUAUAAAAAGGUGAUUGCAUCUCGUCACCUUGUUGAAGUGAAUCACCAAGGUUAUCCUACAUGGUUUCCUACUGACGACCGUAUCUUGUUGUUUGAGCUCCGAAAAGGUCUAGCUCGACCAAACACCAUUGUGGCCAAGGAUGGUAGUGGCCAAUAUAAAACGGUUACAGCUGCUAUUAAUUCGUAUCCUAAGAAUCAUCGAGGAAGAUAUGUUAUAUAUGUUAAAAUGGGUGUCUACCAUGAGUAUAUAACUAUUGAUGCUGAAAAAAGAAAAAUUUUAUUAUACGGUGAUGGCCUUACAAACACAAUUAUCACUGGAAACAAGAACCGUCAGAGUGGACUCGGUACAAACGAAACAGCCACAUUUUCCACCUUGGGUGAUGACUUCAUUGCCAUGUCAAUUGCAUUUGAGAAUAAAGCUGGUCCAAAAGCUCAACAAGCAGUAGCAGUACGUGUUGAAGGUCAACGCUCAGUAUUCUUCCGGUGUGCAUUUCUUGGUUAUCAAGACACAUUGUACGCAAAUAGGGGUGUUCAAUUCUACCGUAACUGUGAGAUUUAUGGAACCAUUGAUUUUAUCUUUGGUAUGGGUACUACCUUGAUCCAGAACUCUAAGAUCUUGGUAAGGAAGCCCAUUCAAGGACAACAAAACAUUGUGGUUGCAGAUGGCUCAUCCAACAAGUUCAUGCACACUGGAAUAGUUCUCCAAAACUGCUCCAUAAUACCAGACAUUGAGCUAUAUCCUUAUCGGUAUACAGUGAAGACUUACUUGGCAAGGCCAUGGAAGGCUUUUUCAAGGGCAAUCUUCAUUAACAAUUACUUUGAUGAUUUUAUUCAACGAGAAGGAUAUAUGAUAUGGUCAAUUAAUGAAACAAACACUGCAAAUUCUUACUUCGCUGAGUUUGGCAAUGUUGGACCCGGUGCCAAUGCUACGUCAAGAGUUAAAUGGGCAAAAGGUGUCAUAAACAAAGAUGAAGUUGUUAGAUUCACUGCUGAAAUUACAAAAGAUGAAGCUGUUAGAUUUACUGCUGAACCAUGGCUUAAUGCUAGCACUUGGUUGCCUUUCACUAGCGUGCCAUACAAUAAAGGAUUGUAG